UUGGCAAAGCUAGAGGUGGCUCCUCUGUUUGCAUGUGUUUGCAAUAAUAAAGUUACAUAUAUUUUGUGAAUCUCAUUCUACCCAGGAUAUUAUUAGUGCUGUAUCUUAGACUUGCCAGUGCUUCAGGAUCAGCAGAGAAUAUCAUGGCAGAUUUCUCCAGAUUCCCUGCCAGCCCAAGGACAGACAUGAUUACCUUUGGUGUCUUCUUUUGUUUCGGCAAAGAUGCUUCACGAUGCACAAAAUGUAAAAACUACCACUACUUUAUAAGGCCUCUUGUGUACAUAUGUGUAUCAGCAGCGCUGAGCCUUCUUCUCUGAAUCACCAUUGCCUCCUGGAGCUGCUUUGCCACGCUUCCCAGAUGAACAGAUCUUGUUGCUGCUGCAAGAGAUAUGCUGACCAUUUGGAUGGAAGAAUGAAGUGUUUCUGCAGACGCAUGACUGCUAAUUUCAGACAUGGCAUGGCUAUACCGAACAAGUUCAUAGACCAUUUCGGCGGAAAGAUUUCAAGGACCAUCGAACUGGAAUCCCAUAACGGCGGCAUGUACACUGUUGAAGUCUUCGAGCUUAUGAACGAAACGGUCCUCCGACGGCGUGGAUGGGAGGCGUUUGUCGAUGCGCAUUCCAUUGAGGAGAAUGACUCUUUGCUGUUUCGCCACAUUGAGAAGUCACGUUUCGAGGUCCUGGUGCUCGACUCCGAUGACUGUGAGAAAGUGCUUCCCUCUGCUGGCAUCAAAUCUGCUUCUUGUAAUGUUCAAGAAAGCAGGAGCGUGGAUUGUAUUGGUAUAUCAAGCAGUGUGAGUUAUAUUGAUAUAUCAAGCAGCUCGGGUGAUGAUACCACAAGAUCGCCGGGAAGCAAACGGUUUGCUACGUGUGAAAGAGGCGACUCAAGCCAUCCUAGAAAAACUGCCGUAAAUGACUCCUCGUCUGAGGAGGAUUCAGGAGAAGACAGUGACGCUAAGGCAGAGGAACAUUCUGAAGAUGAAUCGUCUUUUGGGCUAGAUGAUGAUUGUCAGACACCUUGCGCAGGGCGCGACUAUGUCUUGUCUCCAAAGGCUCGUCUGUCUGGAGCUCAGGAGGAGAGAGUAACUAGGCUUCUCCAGGCUGUUCGAGCCGAGACUCCCGUGUUCGUGGCCAUCAUGAAAAUGAACACACGGAUCCGUACUACUGUGAUCCCCAAGCUUUUUGCAGAGGAGCACUUCCCGCGUGAGAGCCAGAACCUGACGCUGCAGCGGCCAGGCAAGAGCAAGAAGUGGCACCCCUGGUUGUACAUCAGGAAGAGUCAAUGUGGGCACGUCCUCACCGGGUCUCGCUGGGUAGGCUUCCUCCGUGACAAUGGCGUGCGCGAGGGAGAUCUCUGCGUCUUCCAACCAGUGAAGGGCACUGGCACCAGGAGCAAAUUCACAGUCCAUCUGCUUCACGAGCCCUUGGGUGCAAGUGGAAGUACUGGUCCGAAGAAAAGAGUAGGAAACACAAGGGUGAACUCGGCUGCCCCAGAAAGAUCAACCACUGCUUAUGGUCAUGGUGCAACAGCUAUGGAAAAGGCGGCGCCACCCGCCCCGACAACCCGCCGUGUCAACAAGGAGCAAGAUGAUGGGUGGAACCAUGGUCGUCAGACUCAGAGAGCACGGCAGCUACCAAAGCCGGCGCGUCCCUACAUAUUGUCAUCCACCGCACGCCUGACUGAGGAGCAGGAGAGGGAGGUGGACCGGACAGCUCGCGCCAUCGGGUCUCGUGUUCCCGCCUACGUCUCGGUGAUGAACAGGAGCAGCGUCGGCGUGGGCAACAGGAUCUACAACGUAACCAUUUCCUGUGCGUAUGCUGCCGAGUAUCUUCCACCCGGGGAGCGGGUCGCCGUGACGCUCGUGAGGAGGAAGAAGGCGUGGGAGGUCGAGAUGCGCGCGCGCGGCGGCGGGCGGGCGCUGGCGCAUGGCUGGCGUGGUUUCGCCCGCGACAACCGGCUGCGGGUGCAGGACGUUUGUCUGUUCCAGCCCAUGGAGAAGAACCGCCAGAGCCUUACCAUGACGGUCCACAUCAUCCGUCACAGCGGCAAGCGGAAGCAGUAGUUUCUCUUCUGUUUUAGCGCACCAGGUCGAUUUGCCGCUGGUAGUGGUGCUGGUCUGAAAACUUUGUUGGGGCAGUACUGUAUGUCGGGUACUAUGGCCAGUGGCUACUCUCCAGAACCUGUGUUUAUGAUGGCCAACAAGCUGUCUGCUAUGCAAUUUAUCAAAAAUGUUAGGCCGGGCUUGUCACCUGUGGACCAUUGCGAUUUGCGAGUAGUAACUGAGGUCAAUGCAAAUGUACUAAAUGGGCUUAGGGCGUUUGUGCAUUU